ACGAAGCAGAUCGCGAAUUUCCCGCACUAAAAUUUAAAAUUUGAAAAUUUUUGCCGACAUGUGAAGUUAUACGUCUAUAUUUGUGUUUUUACUGAAGUCAGUUCGUUUUAGUAUCCCUUAUUCUUGGAAAUCAGUUAUGUUGUCUGUUUCAUGAGUUUUUUUUUGAAUAUUUUUUCAAUUUAACAACCACGUCGGUGUCAUGCAGCACACGGAAGCUACGAGUAAAUAUGCUUUCAGAGAAUCUCUGAAGCUAGACCAAAAGACGGAAGUGCCUGAUUCUAUUGUGCAAUAUCUGACUAGUCACCAGCUAGAAGGUAUUCGAUUUAUUCAUCAAGCUUUAAAACAUAACAAAGGAGUUAUCCUAAAUGAUGAAUCAGGUUUGGGAAAAAUUCAUCAAGCCAUCGGCUACUUAUCAGCGGUAACCACUGACCAUGCUGAUAAAAGUAUUGUAGUAUGCAGCGGUCUAAAUCGAGUACAUCACUGGAUGUAUCAUUUGGAGAUGCUGACAAAGUUCCAUGUCGGGAUACUAUCGGUGGACGAAAAUGCUUUGGAGAAACAUCAAAUUGUCUUGGUAACUUUUGACGACUUAGAAAAACAUUUGGACUGUUUGAUGUCGGAUCAAAGGCAAUAUCUGGUUGUGAUAAUCGAUGAAACCAAAGCUGUGCCAACAAAAUACUCCCAAAUUGUGGGUAUUUCAGAACUGCCUACAUCUAAAAAAAUAUUCCUCUUUUCACACGAUCUGUUGGAUGAUUUAUCUUGUCUGACUGCACGAUUGAAAUUAUGUGCGAAUAGAAACGUGAAAGACGCUGUAGAUAUGUUUUUAGAUGAAACUCUCACCGCUAGCAGAUGUUUGUUAAAGUCUGAAAGAAUCAAACUGUUCUUUCUAACAAGAAGCAUUUUGCUACGAAGAUUUCGGUGUCAUUACAAACAUUAUCUCCCUCUAAUGGACAAGGCAGAAUUUGGAGCGAACUUUGCUUCGUGGAAGAUCGCCAGUGGCCUCGAUGUGCAAUGCCAGUUAGAUGAUAUGCAGCCUAGCUUGGUUGUCACUAAAAGUGACAGCAAUCAACUGUUCCAAUUCGAUGAGGAUUUAAGUGUACAACAAGAUUGCAGACUGAAUGAGGCUAUCGUUGGGGAUGUUACACGUAGCACUACGGAUGAUGUUCGGCAGGAGGAAGAUGAUGAGGUGAAUGCCGUGGCUUUGAAUCCAACAGACAGUGAACCACUGUUUGAUUUAGAAGAACAUAGUACGGAUGAGAUGCCUAAGUUAGAGGUUUCGGACUCUGAGACUAAAUCAACGAUAGAAGAUACUCGGAUAUCGCCUGGCCAUGAAUCUACAGCUAAUGUUCCUCAACAACCUGCGAAUGAAAACAUAGAAAUUCCCGAAACCGAACGAUCUUCUCAAGCAACGGAAAAUCAAACCGAUUCGGAAGGCUUUUUGGAAUUUGGCCAAGCCCUAGCAUGUGGGCAGUCGGAAGGGGACCAACCCGUAACGGAAGAGAAAUACUGCUACUCAAUCAGUAGACUAUUUCGUGUAUUGUCACCUUCUUCGUCAUCGACCGACGUGGAGAUAGUCUCGAAAGAAAAUGGUGACUUGAAUCCGAUUGUGAUUUCUAGUGCUAGUACAAACGAAGCGGCCAGAGAAAAAUCGCCGGAUUUGUUUAGUGAUAGUGACGAGGAAGCCGACGAGACUGUGAAGAAUAACUCUCAGGAUUCCCUGAUGGAUUUACUGCUUAAAAGUCCUGCUUGUUUCGAACAACCCGCAGAGCCAGCAGCAAUGCCAAAGUUUGCUAAAAGUAACUCUAGUACACCGAUUUCAAAAUUAUUGCAUGCCACAAUGCAUGCAGAACGGGAAGACCCAACGAUAGACGAUUCUACUAACGAUAUUUUCGCCGAUGAAACUACUGUAACCGAACGGAAGGGUAGUCCCAAUCGUACGGACAAUGUUUUCGAAAUUACCGAUAACAAUGCGUUUGGAAACAUAGUUCGUUUCGAUCCCGAAAGAGACUGCAUGUCACCGUUGAAGUGUUGUUCGCAAGAGAUACAGUUCGUCGGAGAGUAUCGAAUCAAUGACGAUCCCAUCGAAAUCAUUGACUCACAACCGGAAAUGCGUACACCAAAGAGUGCAACGAAAAAAGUUGUUACGAAAAAAACACCUUCAUCUUCGGGGUCCACAACGACGCCGCAAGGUUGGCUCUCGAGAAGUAGUCGUAACUCGUCAUCUCCGAGGACACCGACCCGGGAAGCGAGCCGGCUAUCUUCGACGACGAAGAGCGGUGGAAGCAGCGAACGCACUACUGGCUUUAAGCGAAAAAAGUUGGAAAAUUGGUUCAAAGAUGAUGGAGAUUGUGGACAGGCAUCGACGUCGAAUGUUCACUGGCGAAGGUCCGCUCCAUCGGGUGCUAGUGCACGGAAAACUUCUCCGAGAAAGAAAUGCUUCCAGGAAAGGAUUGCUCAGCGAUAUACUCGUAUUCUGGUGUCCCCCAGUGGGUUCGAUAGCGAUUUCGAGUGAUACUGAUGUAGACUGAUUUUUAUUUUAUAUUGUUUUAUGUUUUCGCCGCUUUUUUAUCGGUCCAUCUGUGAUGGACUACUAUUUGAAUGCUAUCUUUUUAUCUGUAGUGUGUUCAGAGCUGGUUACCACUUCAAUGUUAUAAUUUGACAAUACGAUCACGUUGCAGUAUUUCU